ACACACACACACACACACACACACACACUCGUGUUUCACCCUCACACCUCAGCAGCGGCGUGCAAAUAAACACGCACGCACUCACAUACACUCUCACUCACACACGCACACACACACACACAUCUUCCACGCACACACUCACACGGACGCACAUACACACAUUUCUGCAUCCUGUAUUUUUUUUUUAUGCACCGGGAACCGGGCGCUUUAAUAAGCGGUCGUGGAUUAUGAUGCCAGUUUUUAUAACAGCGGAAUAUUGGCCUCUCCUCCUUCGGCUGUAACUGUGAAUAGCACUGUAUCGCGUGUUUUUUAUUUUUUAUUUUUGUUUUCAUUUUUCUUUUCUUUCCAGAUUUAUUUCUAAUUUGGUUCCACGUUACUUCUGAGCACCGAGAGACCGCCGAGACGCAAAGCCUACGUUCAAUGCCGUUGGAACAUGUCCUAUGUUCCCUUUCAAGAUGCAAGGUGUGCCGUCCCCCCCUCCUAUCAUCAUCACCAUCAUCGCACCCACGCCCACUCCUUCCACGCUCCCUCCUACGACCGUCCCGUUCCCGAACGUCCCUCCUACAACCGUCCCUCGUUCGACCGUCCCAUCUAUGACCGCCCCUCCUUCGACCGCCCCUCCUUCGAACGCCCCUCCUUCGACCGUCCCUCCUAUACCCGCCCCCUGCACGAGCGCCCCAUCUACGACCGUCCCUCACAAGACCGUCCAUCCCAAGACCGCUGGAACCCUGCUCUCUGUGUGACUUCUGGAAAUCAGCUCUACAUGUUGGACCAGGAAGAGGUACACCCUUUGCUGAUGCGCGAGAGGCGCUCAGAGUCUCACAGGAACAAGCUACUGCGGCGGACAGUCAGCGUUCCUGUUGAGGGAAGGCACCAUCCCGAGAUGGAUCAUCGCGCCCGGCGGAAGAGCAUAGCCACCGGGAAGCAGCCCAGCAUGGAGGUCCCUCCCACUGCCCCCCUUCAACCCUUCCGACAAUCUGUGAGUAACCCCCCCUGUUCCCGGCCUCGCUCGCUGCCUCCGACCCUCUCGCUGUCCCUCCUCCCUCCUCCUCCCGCCCUCGGCCCGUCGCACACCUGCGGCCGCUGGGCCAGCGGCACCCCGCCUCACCCUUUCCCCUUCUCCCUGGCUGUCUCCCCCUCCCUCGCCUUUUGCCAGCAGCAGCAGCAACAGCGGCAAAAGGGCUCCAAGAAAGGGCCCGGCACUCCCCCUUUGCCCCGCUCGCUGCCCCUCUCCCCCUCCCUGUCCUUCACCCUGCCCCACUCGCCUGCCGCCUCCUCCUCCUCCAACCCCUUCUUGUACUGGGGCGGAGACUGGAGGGCUGCUGGUUCGAGUCCAGUGGCAGGAGGAACGUUUAUUGCACCACUGCCCCCUUUUGAGAGUUUCCUCAGUAGAAGGUUGAAGGGCUCGAUCAAGAGGGCUAAGAGUCAGCCCAAACUGGACCGAACCAGCAGUUUCCGCCACAUGAUCCUCCCCCGCUUCCGCAGUGCCGACCAAGACAGGACCCGUUUGAUGCAGAGCUUCAAAGAGUCCCACUCCCAUGAGUCCUUGCUGUCUCCCAGCAGCGCCGCAGAGGCGCUGGACCUCACACUGGACGAGGACGCCAUCAUCAAACCUGUUCACUCGAGCAUCCUGGGACAAGAGUACUGCUUUGAGGUGACUACGGCAUCGGGAACCAAGUGCUUUGCGUGUCGCUCAGCUGCAGAGAGAGACAAAUGGAUCGAGAACCUGCAGAGAGCUGUCAAGCCCAACAAGGACAACAGCCGAAGGGUGGACAAUGUGCUCAAACUGUGGAUCAUCGAGGCCCGCGAGCUUCCAGCCAAGAAACGCUACUACUGCGAACUUUGUCUGGAUGACAUGCUGUACGCACGCACCACCAGCAAGCCCCGCACCGACACCGUUUUCUGGGGCGAGCACUUUGAAUUCAACAACCUGCCAGCUGUACGCAACCUACGCCUUCAUCUAUACAAGGAGACAGACAAGAAGAGACGCAAGGAAAAGAGCACAUACUUAGGGCUUGUAAGCAUCCCCAUCUCAAGCAUCACCGGACGUCAGUUUGUGGAGCAAUGGUACCCGGUCAUCCAGCCCAGCGUCCUCACAAAGGGAGCUGGUGUCGGAGGAGGGAAGAUCAUCAACGCAUCCCUACGCCUCAAAUCCCGCUUCCAGACCAUGAACAUCCUGCCCAUGGAGCUGUACAAGGAGUUCGCGGAGUACGUCACCAAUAACUACCGCACCAUGUGUGCUGUGUUGGAGCCAGUGCUGAGUGUGAAGAGCAAAGAGGAAGUAGCCUGUGCAUUGGUGCAUAUACUGCAGAGCACAGGGAAAGCUAAGGACUUCCUGUCAGACAUGGCGAUGUGCGAGGUAGACAGAUUCAUCGACCGAGAACACCUUAUCUUCAGAGAGAACACUCUGGCCACCAAAGCCAUAGAAGAGUACCUCAAACUGAUCGGACAUAAGUACCUCAAGGAUGCUAUAGGGGAGUUCAUAAGGGCCUUGUAUGAGUCAGAGGAAAAUUGCGAAGUGGACCCCAUGAGAACACCACCCUCUGUACUCCCAGACCACCAAGCCAAUCUCCGAAUGUGCUGUGAACUGGCACUCUGCAAGAUCGUUAACUCCCAUUGUGUUUUCCCUCGAGAGCUAAAGGAAGUGUUUGCCUCCUGGAGAGUGCGCUGUGCAGAGAGAGGUCGGGAGGACAUCGCCGAUCGUCUCAUCAGUGGUUCCCUCUUCCUGCGCUUCCUGUGUCCCGCCAUCAUGUCCCCGUCACUCUUCAAUCUCACGCAGGAGUAUCCCGACGAGCAGACGUCACGCACGCUCACCCUCAUCGCGAAAGUAGUGCAAAAUCUGGCUAACUUCUCCAAGUUUGGCAAUAAAGAGGAGUACAUGUGUUUCAUGAAUGAGUUUUUAGAGAUGGAGUGGGCCUCCAUGCAGCAGUUCCUCUAUGAGAUCUCCAACCUUGACAGUGUCAGCAAUGCAGGUGGCUUUGAGGGAUACAUCGACCUAGGCAGGGAGCUGUCCAUACUGCACAGUCUCCUCUGGGAGGUCAUGGCUCAGCUCAGCAAGGAUGCCAUCAUCAAACUGGGUCCUUUGCCUCGCCUCCUGAACGACAUCAGUAUGGCCUUGCGUAACCCACACCUCCAGAGGCAGCCCAGCCAUCAGACAGACAACAGGGUGCAGGAGAGGCAGACGGACUGGGUGCAGUCACGGCCGUGCUUCAACAGGGGAAUCUCAUCCGAGUUCCAAAACCUCAUGAUGAGGGAUCUUAAUAGCUCUAUAGAUAUCACUCGCUUGCCUUCCCCUACCUCCACCGGAGGGGUCAUGCCAUCCCGCUCGCAGAUGAGUUUUCAGGACCGUGACCACCCCCAUCGAGCGUCCUCCAAAGACAUGUUUUACGUAUCACGCCCUCCCCUGGCCCGAUCCAGCCCAGCCUACUGCACAAGCAGCUCGGACAUCACGGAACCAGACCCUAAGGAUUCCCGAAUGAACAGCGUGUCUAACCUGCAGUCGGUGGACAUGCUCAACUCCUCCCAGGCCUCCAUCGCCGGCAUGGGCAGCUUCGGAGGGCUGAGCAGCGGAGGCGGUGGCGGCCUGGGGUCGGGCCUGAGCAGCCAGCUGCGGGCCGGUGGGAGGUUGUCAGCUGGCUCUGGCGGCUCCAGCAUGUCCGGCGGCCUUCGGCUGAGCCAGCUGAGCCAGAUGGGCACCACCACCGACUCGCUAUCCCAGCAGCAGCAACAGCAGGCCGCCGCCAUGCGCUACCCGCUUUCCUUCCAGAAUCCACUCUUUCAUCUGGCGACUGCUGAUGGGCCUCAACAGCAACAGCUCCAUCACCAGCACAGCCGGGCUCAACCUCCAGCGCCGCUGCUCCUGGCCCCAGACCCCGAGCCCUCUCACCAGGCCUACAUCCCACAGUUCGCCCACGGGGGGUUCUCUCGCAGUGAGGACCUGUCCACCCUCAGGACCAGGGACGGUCACCUGGGCCAACCCAGCAUCAUCCACUCACACAGCUACAGUGACGACUACAGCAGGGCCGAAUAUGGACGCAGGCAGAUGUCCAUGCAAGUGCAGGAUAACCUUCAACAGCAACAACAAAUGAUGGGCAUGACCUCGCAGACAGGAACCUCCCACUCCUCCCUGGCCACCACGCCCCCCACCACAGUCCAACCCAUGCGCCAGAGUUCUGUUGCCCCGCCUCCCACCCAGCGCGUCAAGUCCCAGACCUCCCAUCAGCUGUCCGUCAGCGCGGCCGCUGCCCCCGCUGCUCCGGUUAAAACACGACCGCAGAGCGGGAAUCUCCUCCAGUCACCCGAGUCCGGCUACGGCGGCGGCAGGCAGCACGGGCCACGGCAGCUGUCCGUCAAAGACAACACUGCCCCGGGUCUGCCCCACCAGCAGAGCUCUGUCAGGGAAAGCCAGAGUCCACAGGGAACCACGAGUCAGAGCACUCAGCAGUCACCACAGCAACAGUCUCAGCAGCAGCAGCAGCACCUGCUCAAACCCACCAUGAGCAAACAGGGCUCCCAGUCUCCAUCCACCCUCAAUCCUCCAACCCCAGCCAACGAGCGAACGGUGGCCUGGGUCUCCAACAUGCCUCAUCUGUCGGCUGACAUUGAAAGUUCGCGGAUUGACCGUGAAGAGUUCAAACUGAAGGAGUACUCAAAGAGCAUGGAUGAGUCACGCAUGGACAGGGUACGGGAGUACGAGGAGGAGAUCAACUCCCUGAAGGAGCGCUUGGUGAUGUCCCACAAAAAGCUGGAGGAGUACGAGCGGAGGCUCUUCACGCAGGAGCAGCAGACCAGUAAGAUCCUCCUACAGUACCAGAAUCGACUCGAUGACAGUGAGAGGAGGCUACGGCAACAGCAAGUGGAGAAAGACUCCCAAAUUAAAGGAAUAAUUAGCAGACUCAUGGCUGUGGAGGAUGAGUUAAGGGGAGGACCCGUGAUUGAGCCAAAAACCAGGAUUUUCGCUGAUCAGGAGGACCAGCUUUCCUCCCUGGGUUCUGCAGACCCCGGUGUGAAAACUGAAGGUGGAGGGGGAGGUGGUGGUGGAGGAGGAGGACAAGGAGGAGGAGGAGGAGGAGCGGUAACCAACGAUCAAGGCCUCAGAGUCUCUUCCUCGGGCAUCUCCUCUGACAGCUCGCCCCACAAUGGAAUCCUCCCCCAAACUGUAGACCCUCCCUCUCUGCCCACUCCUCAUCAACAUCCUAGUCAGAAUGGAGAGCUCCGUGGCAACCAAACAUCCUCCCCCAUGACAACCUCACAGGCAACCGGAACCACGGCAACAGCAACGACAGGCAUAGCAGAAGAAGGGGGAGUAGGUCAAACACAACACUGAGCCAAAUCAGAGAGAGAUGACACAAAGGAAAACACUGUCCCGUUCCCCAUUUAGCAAGACAAUGCUUUUGAAUUCUCCGUAGAUAUUUGUCAUUCCCCGGGCAAAAGAGAGAGAAGAAAAGUGUGCGGGAGACGAGUAGUAAUCAUACAGCCACUGUACAGUGCAUAACACAUGAACACACAACACAAAGGGCUCUUCAAUGGACACUUGAUCUCUUGAUGCUCACGUGGAGCUUCAGCUCGUAUCAGUCUUGCAGGACAAGAUAAUGAUACCUUACAACACACUGUUCGAAUCAGUCAAACUAAGCAUUUGACGUUACAUACCAAGCCGAUAUGUGAACAUCCGCUCCGUGCACUCAUUGCCUGCCUGCGGCAUCAUGAGAAACAAAUACAUGUAAGGAACAAGCACUAUCGAAUGUCUUGCACCCCCAAAGACUUCAUAGUAGCCAUUAGCGAGUGCCAUGAGCUCGCUUAUAGUAACCCUUGACUCCCAUGAAUGUAGGUGCAUUAAAUAUACCUAUCCUGAACACACCAGGCUGCAAAUUGUUUAGGUCGAGAUGUGGUGAUGUAGUCUGGCUUUUCUUAGUGCCUUUGAGUGUUUUUCAACAGGGUUUUCCAAUAGAGAUCUGAUACAGAUGUAACAGAUGGAGAUCCAAGUUAGCUUUGCUAGUCAGAGGAAUGAUCUGUGGGGGCUGAAAACAGAGAUUCAAAGACACAAGAUCAAGCGUCGUAGAGGUUUGAGUGAUGGAAGACUUUUUUUUUUUUUUUUUGGGAACUUUUCUUUUUCUUUUCUUUUUUCAAUCUAAGGGACUUCUUGUUUUUGGACUGAGCUCGUGCAAUUUUUCUCUUCUCAAUCUCAGAACCGAUAUGUGAUAAACUGGUGCUAAACAGAAAACAAAUGGUGCCAUUUUCCAAUGUCAAAUGUCUGUGUCUGCCAUAGCACUGCCUCUCUCAUGACUCACUCACUGUCUUUUCUCUCUCUCUCUCCCUCUCCUGCGAUUUUGUCUUUUGACAGGACUCCCCCCACCCCCUCACUUCCUCCUUCCUCCCCCAAUAUGUUUUGUACGUGUCUCUGUCUUUGUUCUUUGUGCAUCCUGUUGUUCUUCUUAUGUCCAAAUUGGGGUUUGUUGGGGUUUCCAUAUUUGUGUUUUAGAAGCACCCUCCUCCAAUCUCUGGUUUUAUUUACAGUUAAUUUAAAAAAAAAAAAAAGCAGCCCCCCCCCCUCGGCUCAAAAUUUGGAUGGAUCAUCUAUUGAACGGGUCGUUUUCGAGCCCGAUUUUCAGUUUUACAGUUAUUUAAAAAUAAAAAAAAUUAAGAUCGAAUGAAGCUGCUUUGGAUGAAAAUGGAUGAAUGGAGUUUAUUCCCACUUUCAAAUGUUUUUUUUUUUCCUUCUUUACGUUAAAAAGUGUUGUCCAUUGUGUUCAUACACAGGAGAUAAGUGAUGCAAUUAUGAGUCAGAAAAACAUUUCAGUCAGUUUUCUCGUCUAAUUUCCAAAGCUAAUACAAACACUGAUCACAGAUUAUCAAUUCUCCCCUUAUGUUUUUUAUUUUGACGCACCUUUAUCACCUUUUAUUACAGUGUGACGCUGAUAACAGGCAUCAUCUUGUUCCCAUUUAUGUGUGAAAAGGACAUUUCAACCAUUUGGUUUGCUAAGCCUGCCAUUAAGUGCCUGGGAUAAAUAUAUUGAGCAUCCUUUGGCCAGUAGACUAGCUAGUCAUCGACCAGGUGCACAUUAUAAAGCCUUGCUUGAGUCAACAAGAUAAUAUUACUCCUUACUCCUGAUGCUUUAACAACAAACAAAACAAGUAAUGACAUAUUUCUUUGUGUAGUUUCCAUAAUUUGAAGUUUCAUUUCAAAAACGAAAAGAGUCGCAUCUAACUCUCAGAUUUUUUUUGAUUCAACUAAAACGAAUUCAGAGUAAAUCGUUUAAUUUGCGGUAAACUUUCUGGAAAGACUGUGUGAUGUGUUUUUUUGAAAUGAACUCUUCAGUUUCUUCACGUGUCAAAUGCUGAAAAACAAAACAAAACACGAGUCUUUGAAAUGUUUGUAACGUGUAUCCAUAUUCCUUCAUUCUGUGUAUGAACUGUGUCCGCUGUAAGGUUUUUGUCUGGAUGUGAAUCUGUUCUUGUCUCUGUAGCCUCACACACUGGUGUCUCUUUGCAAAACAACUCGAAGCUUGUCGAAAAAAAACGUGCAGGUUUAAAACCAAGACGAGUUGAAGGGUCUCACAUCAGUUCUGUGUCCAGCCAUUUUUCUCUUCCCGGAGAGAACAAAUCACUCACUUUGCAGUGUCAAAGGUCAACACGGCCAAUGCUAGUAUACUUCCUAGUUCAGCUCUAGUGGAUUAGUUCAUACCUUCAAGUGAAUGUUUAACUGUUGAACCACCAAAUGUUAAUAAUGCUAGCAGUCUUACGCAGGGAAAGAUUGUCUUCUACUUAGACAGUUUGCAGGGCUACCUUUUUUUCUUGUAAAAAUUACUUGUGUGUGAAGAAUGUUGGAUUUAAAAGUCGGGGGUUAGGGUUUUGAACAUCAGUGUUUUGUUUUUUUCCAGAGAUGUGAGAUGAUCAGUGAUUGAGAAAUUAACAUUGCUGUGAAAAUACCUCAGUGACUCAGGUAAACAAGCAGUUGCCUCAGAGCUGAACACAAAAAACUAUAGAAAAAAAGAGUCGAGUCCAGCUUUGGAAAGACUGCCACCAUGCAGAUACUCGGUCUCUUAGCUAUGCUUCAAUAGCACCCUGAUCAAGCACCCUCCCCCCGUUUCUUCUCUCUCUCUGUCUCCCUUUUUUUUCUCCCCCUAGCCACUCUCAAAGCUUCAUGGAGGACAAUGUGGAACCUAAUUGGCUGAUGCACCAUCGGCAGUCCACAGGGUGGCAUGGCCAAAUGUCCAGAGCCCUCUCUCGUGACGCGAUUGGCUGACAAAGGGAGAACUUGGGGCAUUGGUCCCAUUCUCUUUGCUCAAAGGAUGGUGCAGAGCCCCAGCGGACCAUGUAAGGAAAUGCUGGGUGUUUUUUUGUUUUUCUUUUUUUUUUACUUAACUUGGGCCCUCUCUCUCUGAUUUGAUAACAGGAUUUUUUUUUAAAUGUGUUUGACGCCUCUUGCUUGGAUCUACAUUUUACUUUAAAAAAAAAAAAAAAAAAGGUAGGCUGGACACAUAUUGGCGUUUGUUAGCCUGCCGAGCAUGCAAAGAACAGCUAUGCAGUCUGAUCAAUCAGCAGAACGGAACGAACACAAAGGCCAAGGAAGGCGCGACGCUCAAAAAAAAAAGAGAGAGAGGGGAGGUGUGUUGUGGGUAAGAUGUGUUUUCAAAGGUGCUUGACUUCUCUUAAAAUUUCAGUCAAAGCUGAUUUACUUUUCAAAGCAUUUAUUUCCCUCUCUAUCUCUCUCUCUCUUAUAGUCUUUUCAAAUUACCCUUUGAUUCAUCUAUUCACUCUUUAUCCAUCUAGGAAAAAAAACAUUAUUUAACCGCUUCGUUUGUACUCCAGUUUUAGAACACACUUGAUCUCUUUUUCUCGAUUCAUAGUUUUUAGCUCUUCCGUUCCAGUCUCUUUCAGACUUUGAUUUUAAAGGAAACUAAAUAUGCACAGCCUAAAUACAACAAGUGAAACUGCUUCAGAACACAACAACUCUUGCUUCAAUGAAGACUUUGAAAAAAAAACGGACAGAAUGUUAUUAUUUAUAUUUCUAUGAUACUGCUUAUUCUUACAAUAGUAUAGAGAAGAAAUAAACUCUUCGUCAGAAAUCUUCCGGAGCAGAUAUUUAUUUCUUGAUAUAGAUAGAUGCCUCUAUCUAAUGGACGUUCAUAAAUAAUCCAUUUUAUAUGAACCGAGUUUUCUUACUAAGACAAUCUUGUGGAGAGAAUCAUUGCCCUAAAGGACUGUGACGAAAAGGGACAAACUUGUGUUUUACCUACUCCCCUUACAGCAGUUUGCACGUUGCUGUGACCUGUGCCCUCCUUCCUCUUAGUUAUAAUCAUUCGAAACAAACAAAAAAAAAAGAAAGAAAAAGAAAAAGCGGAUGGAUGUUUCUUGCCCAAUGAUCGCCAUGGAGCUCUCCAUUUACGGACGAUGUGAAAGUCUCUGGAUGAGGACAUUCUUUACAGCUAUUGUUUUGUUUUUUUUGUACUCCACUUUCGACUAUCUUGUCUGUAGAGUUUUAACCCUGGGCAGAGGAUGAACUCUUUGGUUUCAGUGUGGCCACAUUUCUGCAAAUGUCAAAUUGUGGUAAAAAAAACAAAAAACUCCCCAAUUUAUUUCUACGGAUGGACUCCACUGACACCAGGCUGAGUUGAAAUCCCUGCCAUUUCCACUUGUGACUGAAACAGAGAGAGAUAUGUUAGAGGUCCUGCUGAAACGAGUGAAUGUGUUUGUAUAUAAGUGUGUGUACUGGCUAAAUCUUUGUGUAUAUACUGGAUAAAUGUGUAUAUAUGGUAUGUCUAUGUGUAUAUACAGUUUGUUUGUAUAUGCAGAGUGUACAGUUAUUUUUUCCUCUAAUGUUUCUCUCUCUUUCUAUGAAUAGGUCUUCUCAAGUUACCAAUACUGAGGCAUGGAAAGGUUUUUAAAUGUACCGAGCUAUCAGAGG